CGGCGCUGGGGUUGCCGGAAGUUGAGUGGCGCAGGCGAGUCGGAGGAACAGCCAUGGGGGACCCUGGCCUCUCCAAGCUGCAGUUUGCCCCCUUCAGUAGUGCCUUGGAUGUUGGCUUCUGGCAUGAGCUGACCCAGAGGAAGCUGAAUGAGUAUCGGCUGGACGAAGCUCCCAGGGACAUUAAGGGUUAUUACUACAAUGGGGAUUCUGCUGGGCUGCCAGCUCGCUUAACGUUGGAGUUCAGUGCUUUUGACAUGAGUUCCCCCACGCCUGCACGCUGCUGUCCAGCUGCUGGAACACUGUAUAACACCAACACAUUAGAGGCUUUCAAGGCUGCAGACAAGAAGCUCCUUCUGGAACAAGUAGCGAAUGAGAUCUGGGAAUCCAUCAAGUCGGGUGCUGCACUUGAAAAUCCUGAGCUCCUCAACAAGUUCCUGCUUUUGACCUUUGCUGAUUUGAAGAAGUACCACUUCUAUUACUGGUUUUGCUAUCCUGCUCUUUGUCUUCCUGAAAGCAUACCUCUUAUUCAGGGGCCAGUGAGCUUGGAUCAAAGGUUUUCACCAAAACAGAUCCAAGCCCUGGAGCUUGCAUAUGAUGAUCUCUGUCAGACAGAAGGAGUCACGGCCCUGCCUUACUUCUUAAUCAAGUAUGAUGGCAACCUGGUGCUGCUGUCUUUGCUUAAACACUACAGUGAUUUCUUCCAAGGUCAAAGGACAAAGAUAACAGUUGGUGUGUACGACCCCUGUAACUUAGCCCAGUACCCUGGAUGGCCUUUGAGGAAUUUCUUGGUCCUAGCAGCCCACAGAUGGAGUGGCAGUUUCCAGUCUGUUGAAGUCCUUUGCUUCCGUGACCGUACCCUGCAGGGAGCCAGAGACAUUGCCCACAGCAUCAUCUUCGAAGUGAGACUUCCAGAAAUGGCAUUUAGCCCAGAUUGUCCUAAAGCGGUUGGCUGGGAAAAGAACCAGAAAGGAGGCAUGGGCCCGAGGAUGGUGAACCUCAGCGAGUGCAUGGAUCCCAAGAGGUUGGCUGAGUCAUCAGUGGAUUUAAAUCUCAAAUUGAUGUGUUGGAGAUUGGUCCCUACCUUAGACUUAGACAAGGUUGUGUCUGUCAAAUGUCUGCUGCUGGGAGCCGGUACCUUGGGUUGUAAUGUGGCCAGGACACUGAUGGGUUGGGGUGUCAGACAUGUCACCUUUGUGGACAACGCCAAGAUCUCCUACUCUAAUCCCGUGAGACAGCCUCUCUAUGAAUUUGAAGACUGCCUAGGGGGUGGUAAGCCCAAGGCCCUGGCUGCAGCAGACCGGCUCCAGAAAAUAUUCCCCGGAGUGAAUGCCAGAGGGUUCAGCAUGAGCAUCCCCAUGCCAGGACAUCCCGUGAACUUCUCCAGUGUUACCCUGGAGCAAGCCCGCAGGGAUGUGGAGCAGCUGGAGCAACUCAUCCAGAGCCACGAUGUCAUCUUCUUGUUGAUGGACACAAGGGAGAGCCGGUGGCUUCCUACCGUCAUUGCCGCGAGCAAGAGGAAGCUGGUCAUCAAUGCUGCCUUGGGCUUUGACACAUUUGUUGUCAUGAGACAUGGCCUGAAGAAACCAAAGCAGCAGGGAGCCGGGGACUUGUACCCAGGACACCCUGCGGCAUCUGCUGACCUCCUUGGAUCCUCACUUUUUGCCAACAUCCCUGGUUACAAACUCGGCUGCUAUUUCUGCAAUGAUGUGGUGGCCCCGGGAGAUUCAACCAGAGACCGGACCUUGGACCAGCAGUGCACUGUGAGUCGUCCAGGCCUGGCCACGAUUGCAGGAGCACUGGCAGUGGAGCUGAUGGUUUCUGUCCUGCAGCAUCCAGAAGGGGGCUACGCCAUCGCCAGCAGCAGUGAUGACCGCAUGAGUGAGCCCCCCACCUCUCUGGGACUCGUGCCUCACCAGAUCCGGGGGUUUCUGUCACGGUUUGAUAAUGUCCUUCCUGUCAGCCUGGCAUUUGACAAAUGUACUGCCUGUUCCUCCAAAGUCCUCGAUCAGUAUGAGCGGGAAGGGUUUAACUUCCUCGCGAAGGUGUUCGAUUCUUCACAUUCCUUCUUAGAAGACUUGACCGGCCUCACACUGCUACAUCAGGAGACCCAGGCUGCUGAGAUCUGGGACAUGAGCGACGACGAGACCGUGUGAGCCGACCACCCCUCCGCAGGGUCCGCGCCACCCCAGCUGCCGGCCGUCAGAGCAGGCCUGUGCCCAAGACUGGGGAUGUGGGCCUGCAGCCUGCCUGAGCCGGGACAGGAGGCCCCCGCUCUGCAGCCCCACUGGGUUUGGGUUCAAUAAUAACCUUGGCUUUGCCACCUCCAUGAUCCACGCACAGUGAUGGUCUCCCGUGCCCACAGUGCUCAAGCUCCCACGCUCCUCCCAUCUUGGUCCCCAAGACCCAACGGGGCAGUGAGCAGCCAGCUCCGGCCAGGAGCCGCACCCCGCCGUGGGCCCCACCUCACCCUGGGGUACCAUGGAGACGGGAGCCCCUAGCUGUCUCUGCAGCAGUGGGCACUUGAGGGACCCCGGCCCGGGGACAGGUGGGCCCUGCCAGGCUAGUCACCGAGGCGGAAGCCGCUUUUCCUCCAGGGGAGCUGGCAUGUCCUUAGAACCCAGGGCCACCCUGCCCAGCAGCACAUGUGACCGAGAGGCUCAGCUUCUGUCUCUGGCCCAGAUCUGAUGCCAAAGUGGAGUGUGGGGCUGACUGACCAGCAGCAGAACUGCCGUAGGAGAGACUACAGGAGACACAGAAACAAGCAUUCCUAACUCACCAGGGGCCCCGUGCAACCCCCCCUCCCCCGGCCACUCAGGACCCAAGAGCCACAGGCUGUGGUUUAAGAGCACUUUAUUAUUGUUCUUAAGGCUACUUUUAAGUACAAAAAAAAAAAAAAAAAAGAUGGCCUGCCAAACCUUUUUUUUUCUUCUUCUUCCAGGAAAAACAGGCCACAGAGAAUGGUAUAUUACAGAUUUACAGACUCAGAGAGGGUCCGCGCAUGCGCACGGUGGACAGCCCCCCCCCCCCCCCAGGCCAGGAGGCUGCUCAGCAGUGACGUGUUUGUUCCCGCCACCCCCUCUGCCCACACUGCCUAUCCCAGAUAGGCCAGCGCACACGGGGGCGGCCGCCGGGCCCCGCCCCCCGCCCCUCCCGCAGGGACAGGAGAGUCGCAGAAUGGUUUUCCUGUCCGAUGCCCGUAGCCUGCAGAUAACAAACUAGUGGCUAUUGACACGGACGCCGCUUUCUCAAGGUGACUGUGUUCCUGCACGUUUACAGACGUCUACACACACACAAAAAAAGAUCAACUUUUUUUUUCCCCAAGCAACAACAAAAAAAAAGAAUGAUUAUGAUAGGAAAGGGAAAAAUUAAAUAGCUACAUAUCAUUAACAAAUUAAUUGUUC